UAUCCUAUAUUUUGUUAUGUUAUAUUUUUGUUGUGUUAUAAGUUUAGUGAUAUUAUGGGUUGUGAUGGUGGAACAAUACCAAAGCGCCAUGAGCUUAUAAAAACUGCAAAAAGACCAGCACAAAAGGACAAAGACAUGGAUAGAAAUGCGAAAUGGUCAUCAUGCGCUAUUAGUCAGCAAGGUUUACUACCUCCCAUAAUGUGUUGUGAAUUAGGGAAACUUUACAGCAAGGAGUCUGUUCUUGAGUUUUUACUUGAUCGCUCAAUUAGUGACAGUGCCACUCACAUUCGUAGUCUGAAAGAUGUCAAAGAGCUUAAAUUAACUAAAAAUAUUGGAUACAAGAAACCGUUGCUAGAACUGGCUGAUCAGUAUCAUGAGACACAAUCGUCUGAAUAUGUGUGUCCUAUUGUGGGAAUUGAAAUGAAUGGAAAGUACAAGUUUUGUGUGCUAUGGACUUGUGGUUGUGUUUUAUCAGAGCGGGCAUUAAAAGAAAUCGACACCUUGUCUUGCCACAGUUGUGGUAUAAAAUUUACAAAAGAUGAUAUUGUUAUAAUUAAUCCAGAAGAUUCAGAUGUUUUGACAAAUGAAUCAAAUAUGAUCAAGCGAAGAGAACUUGCAAAACUAGUUAGAAAGGAAAAAAAAGAUACAAAAGAUGCCAAAAGAAAGUUAGACCAAGUUGCAUUUAAAACUCCUGUCGCACCUUUAUUAAAAGAAAGCUCUACAUCUUCUAUUGAUAGUAAUCAAUCUGUUAAAAGAACAAAAAUUGAAAAUAAAACUGUGAACACUGUUUCUAAAGUCCAACAAAAAGAAAAGAUAACAACAAGUUCAGAGGAAUUUCCUGAUGCAAAGAAGAGCAAAGUCUAUAAAAGUUUGUUUUCUUCAAGUGAAGAAAGCAAAAAUAGAGACAAGAACAAAAUUUCUAAUUGGGUUACUUACAACCCUUACCAUUUAUGAUGCUUUGAUGUAUAUAUGAGUUUACAUAAAAAUGUUUAAAUGAUUUUUGUUUAA